GCGCCGAGGAAAAAGUCGGUCGCUGAGUGGCCAGGGAAGUGGACAAGACGCGUCUCUGCUUCCGGCGGCGUCCCGCUCUCAAUACGCGAUCCUUGGCGGCCACUUGGCACGGCUUGGCCGAGAGUCACGGUCUCUCACCCUUCGUUCCAUGAUCCCUGCUACGAGGAUCAUCAGGCAUCUCCGUGGUACUGGUCCGCUUCCACUGCCUACUUCAAUUCAGCCUUCGGCUUGUGACGUUACCGUCCGGCUGAGGGAGGCAAGCCCAGAAGACUUUUGCAAAGUAACUUCUUCAGCCGCGGAAGCCAAUACCAAACCUAGACCGGGUCGUGCUCUGGAUACGCCUGGUAUUGGACACCACACCACCUUACUAGUAGCAUUCGCCCGCCAAGAUACGGUGGGUGAUGGCAACGCAACAUGCUGUCUCUUGGCUUGCCAUGGCGGUUCCAUCAUGACAGUUCGGGGCCGGGGAUCGGUACCAACGGAUAGCCUUUCUUCAAUGAGUCUGGACGGCAAUCGCCUUAUCAGCCUAUAUAACAUGCCAUGAUGCCCCUCAGCAGGGGUCCAUAACCUUGGUAAGCUUCAACAAGUCACCUUUGAACCAUUCCAUACAAAUCUUUAAGUGGUCUACUGUAAUUUCCAAGGUUAUCAUCCUCUUGCAACUGUCGUUUCCCAUUACGGCACAGAAAAGAACGUGGUUUAUAUUAUUCCUCGAUUUACCCCGCGGGAAGCCGAAUUGACCUCGCCCGCCUGCGAUGGGUAAAGAUGGCGGACGGGUGGAACAAAGCUACUCCAAGCACCCAUUCCUACUGUCCACCGAUGAGGUUGUGGAACAUCUCGAAACGAACCUCGAACUGGGCUUGACGAGUGCUCAAGUCCAGCAGUAUCAGGCGAAAUAUGGACCCAACAAACUGGACGGUGAUGGAGGAGUCUCCUGGUAUGCGAUUCUGGGAAAGCAAAUUUCCAAUGCCAUGAUUCUGGUUCUGGUGCUCGCCAUGGCAUUGUCGUACGGAGUGGAAGAUUUUGUAGAAGGCGCCGUCAUUACUGCAGUCAUUGUUCUCAAUGUCGUGAUAGGCUUUUAUCAGGAAUUCCAGGCCGAAAAGAAAAUGGAUGCCCUUCGCUCGCUUUCCUCACCUUCGGCCAAUGUGGUCCGUGACGGCAACGAGAUGACCAUUCCCUCGGCCGAAGUGGUCCCAGGCGACAUUGUCUCGAUCAAGACGGGUGACACGGUUCCGGCGGAUCUGAGAUUGUUUGAGGUGAUGAACCUGGAGUGUGACGAAGCCAUUUUGACCGGCGAGGCCCUACCCGUGGCUAAAGAGGUGGACUUUGAAGCCAAACAUGGCAUUGCCAAAGAAGAUCUGGGCCUAGGAGACCGACUCAACAUUGCCUAUUCCUCCUCCACCGUCACCAAGGGUCGUGGUCGUGGCGUGGUUGUCUUUACCGGCAUGUCCACGGCCAUUGGAGGAAUCGCCGCAUCCAUGCAGGGCAAGCGCCGCAAGCCAGGCCGGUCGAUGUCACGGAGGAAAUACGGACCAUUGCAGCCCAUCAAGGGCGGCGCCCUUCGGACCUACGACGCAGUUCUAAAGUUCCUAGGCCUCACCGACGGCACGCCUUUACAGAUCAAACUGAGCAAACUAGCUUACGUUCUUUUCGGCUGUGCUCUUCUCCUUGCAAUCAUCGUCUUUGGUGUCAAUCGCUUCCACGUCACGAACGAGGUCGCCAUCUACGCCAUCUCGACUGGCAUUGCCAUCAUCCCGGAGUCCUUGAUUGCCGUUCUGACCAUCACCAUGGUGGUCGGGAUGACCCAGAUGAGGAAGCGCAGGGUCGUUGUUCGCCAGCUCAGCGCACUGGAAGCGCUUGGAGGCGUCACCAACAUUUGUUCAGACAAGACCGGCACGCUGACCCAAGGCAAAAUGGUUACUCGCAAGGCCUGGAUUCCAGGCGCUGGGAUUUACAGUGUGGAAAAUUCCAACAAUGCCUCCGACCCCACGGAAGGAACCAUCACGUUUGGCACAGCUCCCCGCUCCCGAAAAGAGGUUGAAGCCGAGAAGGUCGCCAGGCAAGAAGCUCUCGAUCACAAGCGAAGUGUCGCCGGAGUCGCAUUCGACGUGCCCGAAGAGAAGAUGCAGAGGGAUGCUGAAAAGGCUGCUACUAAUCAACACGAGAAGUUCAUCCAAGAGGACCCCGAAGUGACGCCAGGUCUGCAAGCAUUCCUCGAAGCCGCCGCUCUUUGCAACCUGGCCACGGUGCGCAAAGUCAGUGAGAAUGGACAAGAGAUGUGGAAAACGGCGGGAGACCCGACCGAGAUCGCGCUGCAAGUGUUCUCACACCGAUUCAACCACGGGAAGAAGACGCUCGAAGAGAAGCACGGCUGGUCCCAGACGAUGGAGUUCCCUUUCGACAGCUCCAUCAAGCGUAUGUCGGUUGUCUAUACCAAGCCAGGCAUCGAACACAACAUCAUCUUCACCAAGGGGGCGGUGGAGCGGAUCAUCGACCUCUGCACGUCGGUGGGCGUGGGCGAGCACGAGCAACCCAUGACUCCCGAGUUGAAAGAAAGCACGCUUGAACAAAUGACAUUCCUGGCCGAACAAGGACUUCGGGUUCUUGCUGUAGCACGCAAAUUCACCACCGAAGACAUCCCCGAACACUCGGACAUCGACCGGACCGAAGUGGAAAAGGAUUUAUGUCUCUUGGGGUUGGCAGGACUAUAUGACCCGCCGCGACUGGAAACCAAGGGAGCUGUGCAAGCAUGCACCACGGCCGGGAUCACGGUGUCCAUGUUGACGGGCGACCAUCCAUCGACAGCGGCAGCGAUCGCCAAGGAAGUCGGCAUCAUCCCCAAGAACAUGGGGAGUCUGGCUCCAGAUGUGGCGGCGGCGAUCGUCAAGACUGCCACCGAGUUCGACAAGAUGAGCGACGCCGAGAUCGACGCCCUACCGACCCUGCCACUGGUGGUGGCACGCUGUGCGCCAGAGACCAAGGUCCGAAUGAUCGAAGCACUUCACCGCCGACGCAAAUUCGCCGCCAUGACCGGGGACGGGGUGAACGAUUCACCUUCGCUGAAAUUGGCUGACGUGGGCAUCGCAAUGGGCCUGAACGGCAGCGACGUGGCCAAGUCUGCAUCGGACAUUGUUUUGACAGACGACAACUUUGCCAGCAUUGUCAACGCGGUCGAGGAAGGACGACGCAUGUUCGAUAACAUCCAACGGUUCGUUUUGCACCUGUUGACGUCCAACGUGGGCGAAGUGAUCUUGUUGAUCUGUGGGCUCGGGUUCCAAGACAGUUCCGGGUUCUCGGUGUUUCCCCUGUCGCCGCUGCAGAUCCUAUGGAUCAACAUGCUGACCUCGUCGUUUCCGGCUUUUGGUUUGGGCCGUGAAAAGGCCGCCCCCGAUGUCAUGGAGAGGCCUCCGCACGACAAUCGAAAGGGCAUCUUUACAUGGGAACUCAUUACCGAUAUGUUGGUCUAUGGUACCAUCCAGGGAACUUGUUGUCUCAUGACAUUCGUGUUUAUUGUGUACGGGCCCGGCCGGGACGGGUUAGGUGUCGACUGUAACCGCAAAUACAGCGACAGCUGUGAUGUCGUGUUCCGAGCCCGCGCGGCUGUGUUUGCCGAGUUGACAUGGCUGAUUUUGAUUUCCGCCUGGGAGUUCAAGGCCAUGCGCCGCAGCAUGUUCCGCAUCAAUCCGCAUGACACGCGCGCGUUCCCCUUUUUCGCGGAUAUUUGGGAGAACCAGUUCUUGUUCUGGUCCGUCGUCAUUGGCGCCGCCUCGGUGUUCCCCGCCGUCUACAUCCCCGGCUUGAACACUAGUGUGUUCAAACAUAAGGGUAUCUCGUGGGAAUGGGCCCCUGCGAUAGUUUGUGUCUUUGUCUUUGUUUCCGGAAUGGAGGCCUGGAAGUACGUCAAGCGUGCCACUGGUUGGUUCGAGGCCGAGGAGACAGAGGGCAUGAAGGCCAGAAGACAUCAACGCACCACCUUGGGUUUGAGGCAGGGUUUCUUCACCCUCGCCCGCAGUUUCACAAAGAGUAAGUCGGAGGAGAAGCGGACCAUGACCGAGCUUAGUGAGGGCGGCGCCAGUGAUCCGUCGAGAAGGACGGAGAUGGUCGGGGUGCCGAAUCACAGGGAGGUCGUAUAGGUACAGGUACCUUACCUAGUACGCUUGAAUGAAUGCUUGGUUGGUUGGUCAGCAUGGUAGUAGAGUAAUAUUUUUGAAUUUUUGCUGAAGAUAGAAUGUCCAUGAUCAAUGUUAUGCAUACUAUUUCGAACGAUCAACUUUCAC